ACAUGAAGACUUUGGCCGCUGGUUUCAUCCUUGGGAGCCUGGUGUUGGCCUUUUAUCUGCCUUUAGUUGUGACUUUACCUAAAACACUGGCCAUCCCCGAGAAACUGCAGGAAGCUGUGGGGAAAGUUGUCAUCAAUGCCACCACCUGUACUGUCACCUGUGGCCUAGGCUAUAAGGAGGAAACCGUCUGUGAGGUGGGCCCUGAUGGAGUGAGAAGGAAGUGUAGAUCUCAGCGCUUGGAAUGUCUGACCAAUUGGAUCUGUGGCAUGCUCCACUUCACCCUUCUCAUAGGGAAGGAAUUUGAGCUGAGCUGUCUGAGUUCAGACAUCCUGGAGGUUGGGCAGGAAGCUUUCCGGUUCACCUGGAGACUUGCUCGGGGUAUAAUCUCAACUGAUGAUGAAGUCUUCAAACCCUUCCGAGCCAGUUCUCACUUUGUGAAGUUUGAAUCUGCUCAGGAGUAUGACUCUGGGACCUACCGGUGUGAUGUGCAGCUGUUAAAAAACUUGAGACUUGUCAAGAGGCUCUAUUUUGGGCUGAGGGUCCUUCCUCCUAACUUGGUGAACCUGAAUUUCCAUCAGUCCCUUACGGAGGAUCAGAAGUUAGUAGAUGAGGGCCUGGAAGUGAAUCUGGACGACUAUUCCAGGCCUCAUCACCCACCUUGGAAAAAGAAGGUGGCUGUAGCCUUGGGAAUAGGAAUUGCCAGUGGUGUGGCUGGCGGUGUGUUGGUGAGCAUUGUUCUGUGCAGCGGGCUGAGGGGGAGUUAUAGCGGUGCUAGCCUUAAGACCUUAAAAACCUUACUUCUGAAGGGCUGGCUGCCCAGGAAGCUGGAUGGGCUGCUCAGGAAGCCAAGCUAGCUUUUCAGGGGAGUAUUCUGGCUACCUGAUGUGGAUUGGCUAAGAGGGAGGGCAUCCACUGCCAAAAGACUGAGUGGGGGAUGUGGAGAGGGGCAACAUCAUGGCUGCUGUGGACAAGGAUAAACUUAGUGUCCCAGAUGGAUCUCUUCCUGAUCUUCCUGCCCACUAGGUACCCAGGAAACCCGACAGCAGGCAUCUCCCCUGAUCCUGGGAAGAGUUCUGUCGUCCAAGCUGCAUUCAUUUUCUGCCCUUUACAACUUGUGUGCCCCCCACCUCUGUCUCCCUUCUUUGGAGCAAUAUAAUCCCGUAGAAGGAUGUAUUAAUAGCAUUUCCAGUGAAAAUGUUUUUUUUCUCUUCAAUAAAAGUUUUUCAUAGUAA